AUGCAAGAAUAUCCAGAUAUCGAGUUGGGACAGUUUCGCGACGUUGAUGCUAAUUUCGGCGCUGCUUUGAAGGACACCAUUACCCUUGUCAACAAGGAUUAUUAUCGUACUCGCAAGAAGAAGACUAUGGUGCUAUCAGAUACACGUCCUCCCCUCCGGCUUCCGAGGUUUUUGAAGGUUCGAGUAUACUGCGCAAGAUUGCUAGGUCGGUGA